AUUUCAGAAGUUGAACGCACAUCUUUCAAAAGGAAACUGACAUUUGGUAUUGAUAAUUUAAAGAAAAAAGCUUAUCCCCUAGAAAAUAUUAGUCAUGCUGAUAAAUCUCCAUUGUUAAAAAGAAAUAGUAUUGAUGAAAAUAACAUCACACAGACAUCAUUAUUCUCACCUGUUAUGAUUAAUUCAGGUAUUGGCUAUGCUGAAAAAUCUCCGUUGUUUAAAAGAAACAAUUUAUAUGAAAGUAACCACAUGCAGACAUCAUUAUUCUUAUCACCUGCUAUAAUUAAUUCAGAUAAUGACAAUGGUGAAGAAACAUCAUUUUUUAACAAAAAACUUACAUUUAGAUCUGAUAAUUCUAAAGAAAGAAGAAAUCAACUGGAAAAUAAUAAAUACUUAAGUUCUCGCAAUAGUCCUGAUUUUUCUAACAAUGUAGUAACUUGUGAUUUAGAAAAAUCAACUGGAAGAAAAUCAUUUUCAUUAUGUGAAGAUCAUGAUGCGAUCAAUGAUAAAGAGUUCAAAAAACAAAUUAUAAGACAUGUUAUGUAUUUCAAAGUAGAGCUGAAACAUAUUAUGAAUACUAUGACCAAUAAUCACUAUGAAUUGUUAGAAAGAGUACAAUCAAUUGAAAAGUUUCUAGAGGAUAAACCAACUAAAUUUUAUGAUCAAACAAAUUUAGACAUAAACUGUAUGUCCGAUUGCUCUAUGCCAAUUAAUAAUAUAAUGGAAUUAAACACUUUAGAGGACAAAACAUUGGGCGAUCAAGAUUUCAAAAAAGCUUUGAUAAAUGAAUUAUCACACGUUGGAGGGAAAAAUGUAAAAACAGCUGUAAAGAGAAUCAUGUCAAAAUUAUUUACAAAUUGUUUUCUUGCGGAAUAUUCAUUUACUGGCAAAAAAGGGAAAAAGAAAUUUUCCGAUUUGUUUAUAUUUCCAAUUAUUUUAAAAGCAAUAAAAAAACAAGUAAAAUUCAAAAGUGCCAGUGAUCAUGAAAUUGAAGAACCAUUAAAAAUAUAUUUGGCUCAAGCACCCUUUGCGGAAAAACGUUCUAAAAUUAAUAAAAUAUAAUUAAUAAUCUAUG